AUGCAGCAAAAGAUCUUGAUACGAGUGACUAUGACCGAUGACAAAACACGAGCAAAAGCAAUGAACAAAGCCGUUCAGUUUACAGGUAAGAAGACUUUCCCUCACAAAAAGAUACAAAUCUAUAUUGGAACCAACCAACGCUUUAUGCGAUGGUUUAUAGGUGUGUCAGCCGUUGAAAUAAAAGGCGAUCACAGGAACCAGAUAGAGGUAACCGGUACCGAAGUUGACAUGAUCGGCCUCACCAAAAAACUCAGGAGGAAAGUAGCGUUUGCAGAGCUUGUUAGCGUAACCAAAGUCGAACCUCCAAAGAAACCUGAGGAGAAGAAGGAAGGGGACAAAAAGGACGCAGCUAAAAAAGACGGUGACAAAAAAGAUGGUGACAAAAAAGAUGGUGGUGAUAAGAAAGAUGGUGGUGAUAAGAAACCUCCAAAGAAAAAAGUCAUGCCAUGUUAUCCAUGUCCCCAAGGAUAUGGUGUGCCUUCCGCCUUUCCCUAUCCGUGCGACCCCCGCGACUACAUAGGGGAACCCGUUUACAAUCACGAACCCAAUUGCACAAUCUUGUAA